AAAUAUUUUUUUAUCAUUCAAGAAAUAGUGGUAACCCUGAACUUUUAUGUGUCAUCUGAUCUGUCAUUUCUCUUUGUGGUUUGUGGAGUCAUAUUUCGUUAUCACAAACUUUAUUUUUAGUUCUAUUUUUCAUUAAAUCAAUCCAACAUGGACGACCCAGAACUUGAAAAUAUUAGAAAACAACGUCUUGCUCAGAUGCAGGCUCAACGUGGGGGUACUGGGGAUCCCAGUCAUGCCAAAGCACAAGAGGAAAGGAUGCAAGCAAUGGAAGAAGCAAAACACACUAUACUAUCACAAGCUCUUAGUCAAGAUGCUCGAGCCAGAUUAAACACAAUCAAACUUAGCAGACCAGAAAAAGGCGCUUUGGUGGAAAAUAUGAUCUGUAGAAUGGCACAGAUGGGGCAAGUUUCCAAUAAAAUAACAGAACAGGAACUAAUUCAGCUGCUAGAAUCUGUCAACCAACAAAUGCCCAAGACAACAAGUACUGUUAAAUUUGAUAGAAGGAGGGCUGCUCUCGACUCAGACGAUGAUGAUUUGUAGCAGACUGAAUAUUUUAUUUUGUUUAUUUAAUGGAUGCAUUAACAUUAAUUAUUGUUUAUAAGAAAGAAAAGAGUUAACUUUUGCAUUUAUAUUAUACAACCAAGGGGCAUUUUUUGACUCCUGAUGGGUAGCCAAUGGUUCAGCCACAAAUUCACAUGCUUCUGUUUCCAUUAUGUAAUAAAUGAUUUACCUUUGGCAGUAACAAGCACAUAUUACAAUUCUGGGCAAUUUAGACAUUUGUUUUUGUGUAAAUUCCAUUUGUGAUUACGUAAACUGGAAUCAGAAGCCAGUACUAAUUGCACUGCAGUUUGCUUAACUAUGCUGCCACUACACUCGUCUCUUUCUUCUAUGAUAUACAAGUUCCACUUGUGCUUAAUGUACCUCACAAUGGAAGAUAAUAAAUGUUGCUUUAUAAUUUUACUCACCUAAAUCUAACUAAAUCUAAAUAAAAAAUAAGUAACUGAUAUUUAUAAUUUUCAUUUUUCCAUUUUUGGUGCAUAAUUUUAAGUAUUGAGGAAUGAUAUGUAAAUUGAAAUUUAAUUAUAAUAAAGGUUAAAAUUAUUACUUUAUAGUAGUUAUGUUCCCUUAAAUUUCUAAUAAAGAACUAAAAUUUGAACAAAUUUUAUGGUAAUAAGAUUUAAUAAAUUCACAGGAA